GUUCAAGUUUACCCCCGGAACGGAAACCGCGAACCACUCAGAAUAAAAGCAAGAAGACACAAGAGGCGAUUCUCGGUGAAGUCUCGAAAUUUUGAAAAGAUACGAUACGCACAACUGUUCGACAUUACACAAUUAAAAGCACCUGCACGUGAGCCACGGCGCCGCAGACCUGGAUAGCAGAAAAUGACCGAAGAAAAGGUGAAAUCAAAUCCCGAACCGGGAGUUCCACAGUUUGUGGCCAGCGAUUUCAAUUCAACAACAAAACUAGCAGACAACCAAAUCGAUGAUGACGACUACAACCCGUUCGAGCAUCGACAAAUCGAUAAACCCAACAGUACCAGCGGAUCUCUCAUCCACUUACUCAAAAGUUCCUUAGGUACCGGUAUUCUGGCUAUGCCGGUGGCAUUCAAAAAUGCUGGUCUCAUUUUCGGUGCCAUCGGAACCGUGAUAAUAGGUCUAAUCUGUACCCACUGUGUGCAUAUUCUGGUCAAAACCUCACACGACGUGUGCAAAAGGACGCGAAUACCGGUGCUUGGCUUUGCGGAAACUGCCGAACGUGUCUUUCAGUAUGGUCCCGUAAAACUCCGGCGGAUGGCCAACUUUUCCAGAAACUUCGUCGACUACGGCCUGAUGGCGACGUACUACAGUGCCGGGUGCGUGUACAUCGUCUUCAUCGGCAGCUCGCUGGAGAAGGUAAUCAACGAAAUGGCCGGCUUGCAGUGGGACAUACGAAUCUACAUUCUGCUGACGAUGAUACCAGUCCUGGCGAUAGGUCAAAUCCGCGAGCUGAAGUUCCUCGUUCCGUUCUCGGCGCUCGCCAACAUGUUCAUCGUGGUUACCUUCGCCAUUACGCUGUACUACAUCUUCAAGGAUCCCCUUGUAUUCGACGACAAGCCGGGUUUCGCCUCUUUCGCCACACUUCCGCUGUUCUUCAGCACUGUCAUAUUCGCAAUGGAAGGAAUCGGCGUCGUUAUGCCCGUUGAAAACUCAAUGGCCAAACCGCAACAUUUCCUCGGUUGCCCGGGAGUGCUAAACACUGCUAUGGGAGUCGUAAUCACUCUCUAUGCCGUUAUUGGAUUCUUUGGAUAUGUUCGCUAUGGAAACUUGUCUGCGGGAAGUGUUACGCUGAAUCUACCCACCGAAGACGUUUUAGCCAAAGUUGCGCAGCUGUUGAUCGCCGCCGCUAUUCUGCUAACCUUCGGUCUGCAAUUCUUCGUUCCCAUGGAUAUUUUUUGGAAGAAAAUCCACGAUAAAAUCCCCAAGGACAAACACAACAUCUCUCAGAUUGCUAUUCGUUCUGGAAUCAUGAUUCUGAUGGGUGGCUUGGCGCUGGCCGUUCCGAAUCUGGAACCUUUCAUCGGACUGGUGGGCGCAGUCUUCUUUUCCAGCUUAGGUUUGCUAGUACCGUGCGUCGUAGAAUCCGUAUUCCUAUGGCCAAAUGAACUCGGAACAUUUAAAUGGAUUCUGGUGAAGAACGUCAUUUUCGGAGCAUUUGCCGUUUUCGCUCUGGUUGCCGGAUCGUACGUCAGUAUCGAGGAGAUCGUUAAGAUGUACACAGAAAACGGACAUACGGAAUGAUCGGUCGAGCCCAGCGAAACCAAGCCAAGCCUUCCUAUGCCAUCUUACAUUAAGAUACCUCGCCAAAGGAACGCUUUUCGUUGAGGAUGCAAAGAUGUGUGAUUAUGUAGUAUUGUUUUACUGGAAGAGAAACGAAUGAUUUCAUGAACAGUAUAUGCAAAAGCG